AUCCCUCCAGUCUGAAGAAUAUAAAAUGAAAGCUCAUCGCAAAGAACAACAACUCCUUCUGACUCCUGACAGAACCUCAGCAUCAGUGGAAACUCAAGUCAAGUGCUUCCCAGCAGCGAAACAUGCCAUCUAAACUCAACGCGUACUUGCUCUCUGCAGUGAUGCUGGUCGCUCUGACGCGGCGCGCUCUUGGUGCGCCCACCGCGCUCACCGAAAGCCCGGCAGGUGACCCCUCAGGUGAUGAGGCUCAGGAGGAGGUGGAGGGGAAUCCUUCAGACGCGGUAAAGGCAUGGAUAUAUGCUGUUAGCACCCUCAGUCGCCAUGAGCAAGAGUUUGAAGCUGAAUUUCACCAUUUCCAUAAAUAUAACAUUCUGGAUCAGUACACCAUUACCUGGCUUCCAAAAGACUGCCCUUCCAGCUACAACAAGGAGGCUUGUCUUCAAUGGUUGGCCAAGGGCCUGUUCACUUACACAGCUGUUCUCAAGUAUGUGGCGAAGGAGUACCCCAACCAAAGGAUCCUCACAGUGGCGGAGCGGGACAAUCUGAUCCAACAUAUCAAAGACAAGAUGAGGCACCCUGAACACGUCACAGCACUGACCAGAGGUCAGGAGGAGCAGCUGCUGAGGAACAUCGACACACCCACUAUUUACAACAGAAAGAUGACUGCGCACAGCAUCCUGUACAUGUUCCGCCACUUCCUCAUCGGCGGCCAGAGGCAGUUCAGAAAAUGGGAGCAGCCCAGAAGGAGUCUGACCAACAAGGGUAUAACACCGGUGACUUACCAAAUGUUAAAAAGCUAAAAAAAAAAAAAGUUUGAAGGGAUACCUCAGUGUUGUUGAGGGACCAAUCAUGUGUGCACAGAGUGCACAUACUGCAAUCUAUGAUUGUAGAAAUGUUAAAAACCUCAGGGCUGCAUAAGGCAACUAUUGGAUAACUUAUUUAAUCUAUUUAUACGUGGUUAUUUAUCAGGUAUGGGGAAAUCCAUAGCUGUAGUUUUCUUGCACUAAAAAAUUGCAAUUCAUAUUUUAUACCACUUUGAUUUUAUUGCUGAUUCAUUUCUAGAAUGUGAUGAUAUUACUUGAGCAGCAUUGUUACUUUAAAAAAAAAAAAAAAUUAUCGGUUACAAACAAGAACUAUAUCAUCUAUUUUUUUAAACAAAGUUUAUAUAUUUAAAGAACUGUUAUUUAUAGACUGGUAUUAAUAUUAAUGAACUGAAUUUGAUGUUAAUUUAACUUAAUUGUCAGUUUGUGUUUGGAAGAUACUGUGCACAUGCAGAAAUAAACAUUUGCAUAGAUAAGAAACGUCUUUCUUCAUUCCCACUCAUUUCAUAACGGCGCAGGGUUGUUGUAUAUCUACAAAACACUUUCAGAUUUUAAUCAGUUUCCUCAUGUAUGCAUGCCCGAUGGAGGAAGGAAAAUGUGAUGAAGAAAAAACAGAUAAAAUGUCUUAUGA